UUACAGUCAAUAUUGUUGCUUUAGUUGGAAUAAUUUCCAUGUGUGGUAUAGCGUGCAACGUAGUCAAUAUCUUAGUGUUCUGUAAGCAAGGAUUUUCUGAGACCACAAAUAUCAGCUACACCGCACUCGCCAGUUCCGAUUUACUAUCUCUAAUGAUUUCCUUGUGUUUGAGUAUCUUCUGGAAUCCGUUGCUAUUGAACUCUAGAUUGCCAAUUGUAUUUUUGGACAUUCAAACGGUAUUUCUAGUUUUGCCUUACGCUUGUUUCAGUAAAAUUACAGGUUUAGUAACUGCUUUCGCUACUUUUGAACGAUGUCUGUGUGUUGUUUGGCCACUAAAG